AUGCCCGGAGGUCUGCUUCUCGGGGACGAGGCGCCCAACUUCGAGGCCAACACCACCAUCGGCCGCAUCCGUUUCCACGACUUUCUGGGAGACUCAUGGGGCAUCCUCUUCUCCCACCCUCGGGACUUCACCCCAGUUUGCACCACGGAACUCGGCCGAGCUGCAAAGCUGGCACCAGAAUUUGCCAAGAGGAAUGUGAAGUUGAUCGCCCUGUCCGUAGACAGCGUUGAGGACCAUCUUGCCUGGAGCAAGGAUAUCAAUGCUUACAAUGGAGAUGAGCCCACAGAAAAGCUGCCUUUUCCCAUCAUUGACGAUAAGAAUCGGGACCUUGCCAUCCUGCUGGGCAUGCUGGACCCAGCAGAGAGGGAUGAGAAGAACAUGCCUGUGACAGCUCGUGUGGUGUUCGUCUUCGGGCCUGAUAAGAAACUGAAGUUGUCUAUCCUCUACCCGGCCACCACUGGCAGGAACUUUGAUGAGAUUCUGAGAGUAGUGAAGUCUCUCCAGCUGACAGCAGAAAAGAGAGUCGCCACCCCCGUGGAUUGGAAGGAUGGAGACAGUGUGAUGGUCCUUCCAACCAUCCCUGAAGAGGAAGCCAAAACACUCUUCCCCAAAGGAGUCUUCACCAAAGAGCUCCCAUCCGGCAAGAAGUACCUCCGCUACACUCCCCAGCCUUAAGUCUCCGAGAGGUCGGGGCUGAAGCGGCGCGUGGAGCACAGUGAGCCAGAGGAUGCCAGCUGCCAAUCAUGUUUUCCUAGAACAGUUCCGCGAGAACAUUCUGGUUGAAUCACGCCUGGAUCUUUAGGUUGCAAUACUACUGGCUUAUUAAAUGGAAAUGGCAUAA